AUGGCCGAAACAGACCCCGCCAUCGCGCAUUUCCGCUCUAACCCAUGGGCAAACUCACUAAUCUCCUCGGCGGACUACAAGCCCAUCCGAACCGACUCACGCCGAAUGAAGCCCACCGGCGAAGAUGGCUACUUCGCAACCACACUCGGCACAUCAACUACAAUCCCACACGUCCUAACGCUGCAACGCCGCGACAUUUCCCCAGCCCCCUCCAAAACACCCACCUGGCUCCCCGCAACAAAACAAGAAGCCGAGGCCGCAAAGACAAAUCCCACGCCGAGCGCUAUGCCCGCGGAUAUAAUAAUGCUUUUCGAUCUCGCGAGCCCGGGGCUCUCAGGACACCCGGAUACCGUGCACGGGGGUAUAGUCGCGACGCUGAUCGACGAGGCGAUGUCGUUGGCCGUUGGGGCUCAUACGAGUGGGCCAGCGUCCGAUGCUGGCAAUAAUGCGCGUGGGGGUAUCUUCACGGCUCAGUUGGAUGUUCGGUAUAAGAAGCGGGUGACGAACCCGGCAUUGCUGGUUGUUAAGACGAAGGUUGUUGCGCGGGUGGGGAGGAAGUUUUGGGUAAGGGCGCAGGCUUUGCAGGAGGAUGAGGAGAGUUCUGGUGGUCAUCUUGAGUGGGCGAAGAGGAAGAUUCUUAAGGCUGAGGCUAUGGCUUUUUGGAUCGUUACGCCGGAUGAGAAGCUUUGA